AAAAAAGAAAAUCUCUGAUCAUAACUUCUAAAAUAUCCACCCUCACGCGGUCUACGCCGCGCAAUCGCCACCACGCCGCCAGCCGCCGCCGCCUCCACGCCGGAGCGCGCCAUCCUGCCCCCCGGGCGUCGCCCUCCUCGAGCGGCUGCGGCGGUCGGCUUCGGAAUCCGCCCCGCCGCCGCUUGCUUGCUUGCCUUCUUCCCCCCCGAGUGCCACCACUGCUCUUUAAAAGAGGUUUUUUUUUUUCCUCAUUUGGGGGGUCGACGGAGCGCCGGCGAGGUCGUCCACCGUUGUACCUGCGUCGACCACUCGGAGAUGAAGCAGGUAUACUGUAGUGCUCUAAAUAAAUGUUUGGCCUACAAUCCAUGCCUCUCAAGAAACUACUGUCAAAGUUCUCGUACGGUGAAGUUGCAAAGAUCACAAGUUGGCCGGAUACUUUUACCUCGCAAACUGAGGAAAUCUACGCCGUGGCACACCAACUUCACUGAGAGGCAGAUUGCAACACGUUGUUCCUCUGACCUUAGUACCUCCUGCAGAGAAGAAGUGCCAAACUAUCUACCAGUUACUGUUUUGCAAGAUCAAUCAUAUGCAAGACAAGGAGUCUUUCGCAAAGUUCUUGUCAUCUUGAAUCCUAAUUCUGGAUUUCGCAGCUCUCGUGAAGUUUUCUACCAGAAAGUGCAACCGACAUUGGAGCUUUCAGGCUUUAUUAUGCAAGUUGUUGAAACGGCGUAUGCUGGUCAUGCACAUGCUCUUGCUUCUAUUGUUGAUCUCAGCACAUGUCCCGAUGGUAUCAUAUGUGUUGGAGGUGAUGGAAUUGUAAAUGAGGUUUUGAAUGGUCUACUUGGUAGAGACGAUUUGGAAGAGGCUAUUCAACUGCCAAUUGGGAUAAUUCCAGCCGGUUCUGAGAACUCGUUAGUGUGGACUGUUCUUGGUACCAGAGAUCCUGUUUCUGCUGCAACUACUUUAGCCAAGGGUGGUCUCACACCAAUAGAUGUGUUUUCUGUCAAACGGAUCCAAGCUGGAAUCACACAUUUUGGUUUGACAGCUUCCUACUAUGGUUUUGUGGCUGAUGUUCUGCAACUAUCUGAAAAAUUCCGUCUGCACCUUGGCCCCUUCCGAUAUAUCAUUGCUGGUGUUCUUAAAUUUCUAUCAUUACCUCAAUACAGUUUUGAGGUCGACUAUCUCCCUUUAUCACCCAGGAGAAAUCGCAAAUUACUACCAGUGAAUGAAAAGUGUAAUGAUCAUCUUUCUGCUGAUAGCAGUGCUGAAGAUAACUGGGUUACUAGGAAAGGAGAAUUUCUUGGCAUUUUUGUGUGCAAUCAUUUCUGCAAGCCUGCACAGGGAUUACUCUCACCAGUUAUCGCGCCAAAAGCUCAGCACAAUGACGGCAGUCUAGACUUGAUUCUUGUCCGUGGAAGUGGAAGACUCAGAUUAUUUUGCUUCUUUAUUGCGUAUCAGUUUUGCUGGCAUCUUCUUCUACCUUAUGUGGAAUAUGUCAAGGUAAAACAUGUUAAGGUCAGGCCAAUUGGCAAUACCCACAACGGGUGUGGCGUUGACGGUGAGCUUCUUCAUGGAGAAGGUCAAGUAGAAUGGCAGUGCUCAUUGCUCCCAGCUCAAGGCAGAUUGCUUGGUCGGAAUCCCAGCACUUCUGAGUAGAUUUCUAACUACCAAGGCCAGAAUAUUAGCGUCCUAUUGAGAACACUUAACACUGCACUGUGCGAGUUAAAUUACACAGAAAGCAGAGAAAUGAUGCAUAGUUAAAUGUUUCUUUCUGCCGUUA